AUGGAUCAUUUUAACGUGAAAACCCCAUCUCCUGAGAAGAAUAAAGGUGCCUCGGAGGCUUUAAAAAAAAAAGACGCAGGGAAGAAUGUUUUUGAAACCCUGCACAAUUUGUUUCUAGAAGAAAAGGAGAGUAACAAACGGAAACAUGAGGAUUUAUCUGAACAUAUAGACAAAAUGAAGGCAUAUUUUGAUGAAAAAAUAAACUCCCUUAAGGAUAACACACAUGAAAAUCUAGAGGAGUUAAAAUAUUACCUGGACCAGUUAAACAGAAACAAUAAAGAUAAAGCAACCGACAACAACACCUUCAUGGAAGAAUUCGAAAUUGUAAAAAAUGAUGUGAACAAAUUGAAGAAGGAGAAGGAGGAAAAUAUAAAUCUAAUUAAAACGAGCAUGAGGACUUACUUCGACAAAAUAAAAGGGAUGCUAAGCGUAAUGAACGCAAACAUAGAGAGUGUUAAGGAGGAGCUAGCGAAUUAUAAGGAAAACAGUCAAAUAGACAAUAAAAAAAAAAACAUUGAAAUUUUGCAGCUGAUAAACGAAGAAAACGAGGCACUGAACAAAAAGAUGGAAGAGUCGCUCAACUCGCUAAGUAGCGACAUGCGCGAAGCCAAAGAGCAGAUCAUCAACUUUAAGGAGCACAUGGAGAACCAAGUGAAGGAUAUAAAAAACGAGACUGAUACGAAUAAAAGAGAAAUGGACGGGAAGACUAACGAACUGACUAUCAAUCAGAAGAAAAUUUUGAAUGAUUUUUAUCCUUCAGAAAUGGGAUAG